UUCAGGACUCAGGAGGUUUCAGCUAAAAAGCUUCACAACUCACUCCCCAGUGUUACAUUUUCAUCAAUCACCCAAAAGCCACUCUAAACUAAACAUCUUCCGCUGCAGUAAAAUGGGCACUGCCGGUGAGGCAGAGCGUGCCUUGGAAAUGGAAGCGUUGCGCAAGGAGGACUCGUCUUGGCACCUUUGCCGGGUCUCUUUCCGCUCUGCUGAACAUGGUCUUCUUAUAGAGUUUGGAAGCCAAGACUUGGAAGAUAUGCUAUUGCAUGACGAGGAAGCUCUUACGUGUCUUCGCUUUCGUUCUACUCCUCUUCAAGGUGAUGACUGCACUCACAUCAAAGAAGGAGAGUGUGUUCUUGCCACCCAUAAAUCACAGUUUAAGAGUAACUUCUAUGAUGCCAAGGUUGAAAAGGUAGUCAGAGUAAGACACUCAAAGAGGGUCCAUUGUAGAUGCACUUUCACAAUCAAAUGGCUUCACCAAGAUCUGGAAGGGGAAACCCUCACUGUGCCAUCUAGUUCAAUCAUGAAACUAGCAACUAAAAGCAUCAAUGUCCAUCCAGUUGUUGCUGUGUUCUUGAAAUCAGUAAAACAGAUGCGUUCGUCCUGUUCAUCUCCUUCUCCAACUGUACUCGAAGAAACCAAUAGUGAAAUGGACCUUAAUUACUUCCUGGAAAAGCAAAUAGAAGAGAUCAACAGUUCAGCUAAUGCAUCCAAGGAGGGAAUUUCAGAAGACAUUUUAUUAGGUGUUAAUGUUGAUAACAAGGAACAUAGACAAUGGAACACUGUCACAGUAUCCAAAGUAAGCAUUUCACAUGCUCAAGUUCCUCAUGAUUGGAAUCAGUUGAAUAGGUCAAUACAGAAGUCAAGAGAAAUGCAAAUAGAGUUGCAAGUUGAGGGUCAACCACCAGCUGCUCUUUCCAUCCAAGAAGAGCUUCCAGAAAACAGGUCCCAUCUCAGUCCUCUUGCUGCUCGUGCAGCACUGGCCUCAUUAAUGUCAACUAAUCAUGGACAUAUUACAAUGGAUGGGACUAAAAUGUUCAUUUCUUCUGUCUUUAAUAACAUGCCAACGAAGGAUAAAGUUCCCUCAGAGAUAUCAGAUGCUUCCAUUCCAGUAAUUUCAGACGCUGAUGAGAUGGUAAUUCCGCUCAUGUCAACUGAAAGUAAGCCUCAACUUGUGGACUUCUCUUCUGGAAUAAUAACCAAGGGCAAUAAGAGGGGCAAUAGAGUCUCAAAACUCACUAAUUCUGGAGUAACUUUACAAUGUUUGUCAAGAGAGAGGAAUGUGAGGCAGCCUAAUAAAGCUGCUAGAAUAACUCGCUCAACAGUUCAGGAAGGUACUGCAAUUCAAAAUGACAAUGUUCAAAUAAAGAUUUGUUCUGAAGACAUGAACUUAAGGGAUACAACCAACAAGAGAAGGUUGACCCGUUCAGUAGUUAAUGAAGAAAGGGAAAAUCUAGUUAUUGAAGUUAAACAAGCUUUGGAAGCUAAGGAGUCAAGUCAUAUUACAGAGUCAGAUUCCCCUAAAGGAAGUUUUUCUCCAGAGCGCAAUGUGUCUAAAAAGAGCAGUGGUGGAUCAACAGAGAAGAAAGCAAUAUCUUCACCGGUAACCAACCAGAGAAGGCUGACCCGUUCAGCAGUUAAUGAAGAAAGGGAAAAUUUAGUUAUGGAAGUUAAACAAGCUUUGAUAGCUAAGAAGUCAAGUCGUAUUACAGAGUCAGAUUCCCAUAAAGGAAGUUUUUCUGUUCCAGGGAGCAACGUGUCUAAAAAGAGCAGUGGUGGAUCAACAGAGAAGAAAGCAAUAUCUUCACUGGUAACCAACCAGAGAAGGCUGACCCGUUCAGCAGUUAAUGAAGAAAGGGAAAAUUUAGUUAUGGAAGUUAAACAAGCUUUGAUAGCUAAGAAGUCAAGUCGUAUUACAGAGUCAGAUUCCCAUAAAGGAAGUUUUUCUGUUCCAGGGAGCAAUGUGUCUAAAAAGAGCAGUGGUUUAUCGACAGAGAAGAAAGCAAUAUCUUCACCGGUAACCAACAAGAGAAGGCUGACCCGUUCAGCAGUUAAUGAAGAAAGGGAAAAUUUAGUUAUAGAAGUUAAACAGGCUUUGGAAGCUAAGAAGUCAAGUUGUAUUCCAGAGUCAGAUUCCCCUGAAGGAAGUUUUUCUGUUCCAGGGAGCAAUGUGUCUAAAAAGAGCAGUGGUGUAUCAACAAAGAAGAAAGCAAUAUCUUCCCCGGUUGAUGCUGAGAUUAGUAUCCCGAUUGAGGAAAGAAAUAAAAAGCAGAUGCCCUGUGCUGUCAAAACCACUCAGCAAAGAGAAGGCAAAGUUUCAGGCAGUAGUCUAGGCCGGAAGCGGAAAUCAACUUCUUCCCAGAAGCAAGAGCAGCGGUUUUCUCCCAGACUAAAGUUUCUCCCUAGGACUCGCUCGCAAAACAAGUCUUAGCUGAUAUUUUUUCAGAAGUGCUACAAAUACAAGUUCCAGGAGUACGGCAAUAACAGAACUGUCAGAGUGCAGGAUGAGUAUUAAAGGAAGUAGACAGUUCGGGAAGGAUUGAAUGAUGCUAUUUCUUGCACCACCAAAAACACAAGUCAUAACCGACCAAGAGAUGGGUGAGCGGGAUGGAUAUAUACAUUAUGACUCAUAGGAGUAUAGGGUUAAACUUUUGGAAAGUUCCUUGUUGGGCAUAUGGGUGCAUAUCAUGUUGUAUGGGCCUACGUGCCCUUCUGGUGUUAUGUAAUCUGUAUAAGAUAUGACAAUGAAUAGUAUUGUGAAUAUGUCACUUGAAUGAA